AUGCAGCACCAACAAGAACAAUCACCAAAACACAAACUCAACAGCGUCAACAAGUCAUAUGAGUCGAUGGUUGGCUUAACAACGGGGAGCUCUAGCAGAAAACUAAGAGCCUGUCUGUCGGCUCCGAACCGACAGACAAGUAGACAAACGCCCACCGUGAACACCGUCAACAACAGAGACGCCAACAACAGGUCAUACCAAGCCCCGUCAACAACAGAGACUCCAACAACAGGUCACACCAAGCCCCGUCAACAACAGAGACUCCAACAACAGGUCACACCAAGCCCCGUCAACAACAGAGACUCCAACAACAGGUCAUGCCAAGCCCCGUCAACAACAGAGACGCCAACAACAGGUCACACCAAGCACCGUCAACAACAGAGACUCCAACAACAGGUCACACCAAGCCCCGUCAACAACAGAGACUCCAACAACAGGUCACACCAAGCACCGUCAACAACAGAGACUCCAACAACAGGUCAUACCAAGCCCCGUCAACAACAGAGACUCCAACAACAGGUCAUGCCAAGCCCCGUCAACAACAGAGACGCCAACAACAGGUCACACCAAGCACCGUCAACAAUAGACUCCAACAACAGGUCACACCAAGCCCCGUCAACAACAGAGACUCCAACAACAGGUCAUACCAAGCACCGUCAACAAUAG